AUCUGCAGGAGUUGUACUGCAACAUGCCUCAAUGUAAAACUGCUGGCCAUAUAAUCAAAUCUCUCAACUCAUUACGAAUGCAGUGUAUGGCUAGUGUAAACUCCACUGUGCAUCAUAUACAUGAACUUAUUCCAACAACAGAACUUCCUGCAGCCAAAAGAUAUAUUGGAAUGUCAAGAUCAAAACGAGGACUUUUUGAUUUCGUGGGAAAAAUCUCGAAAUCACUUUUUGGUACAGCGACAUCAGAUGACAUUGCCACUCUACAACGCCAUAUGCAGACAUUGAACAAUAACAACAUCCAACUGGCAAAAGCCAUGGCCCAUCAGGACCAACAUUUAUCAUCUUUUAUUGAUGCUGUAGACAAAAGAUUCAACAAUGUCAUGUCUGCAAUACUUAAAAAUCACCAGGAUGCUGUAGCUCUCUCAGACCUAGCCCAUAGAUCAAUGGACGCUUUGGACCAUGAGUUCAUAAUCCUCACACAACUAAUCAUUAAGCAAACAAAUGUUUCCGCGCAACUUGAGAAGGAGCUUGAGCACAUAAAACUUGGAUUACACGAUUUGGUCAAAGGCAAGCUCUCUCCUUUCCUGUUGACACCACAUAUCUUAAGAUCGUCUAUCCUUCAAGUCCAAGACAUCAUUACAAACAACUUUCCACAUUUCCAUGUUGCAAAUAAGGACCCACUGUAUUACUAUUCGAGGGGAGAAUUCCUGUUCACAAGACGCCACUCGCACCUGUACUUAACCUUAAAGAUUCCUAUAUCUCCAUUCCAACAACCGAUGACCAUGUACAGGGUAUACUCAUACCCUGUACCAGUCAAUUCCAGUUCCAAUCAUGCUACGCAGCUAAUAGAUCUACCAUCUUACUUCUUACACACAGCCGAUAACCAACAUUAUGCCACCAUUACCUCUGAAAAGAUAUCGCAAUGUACAGGAACAACAACAUUGUUUUGCAGCUUCAAUAUGCCAAUGACAGCCUCUGCAUCUCCCAGUUGUUUGUCAGCUGUCUUCUUUAAUCAAAAAGAUGCAGUCAGUAGUCUAUGUGAUUUUCGAUUUCUAAUGAACAUGCUGCCCCCAGCUGUGUACGAACUGUCGCCGUCAAACCUGCUGCUGUAUCGAACAUCAAUGCUUGCACUGGACUGCCCCAAUGGUCAACGAAUUCUUAAAGGCUGUUUCUUUUGCAUCGUCAGAUUACCAUGCAGAUGUUCCAUAACAACCAACAACCUUUACUUACCUCCACGACUGGGCAAGUGCAACAAUCAAACCGAUAAAGUUACCAUUCUACAUCCUGUGAAUUUAGCCCUCCUCCAACAAUUUUUCCAUGAAAAUUCCCACUCAACAAUUUUUGGCGACACCAUCUUUGAAGAACUAGUACAUGUCAAAAUUCCUGAUUUUCAUAUCUUCAACCAUUCCUUCUCCAAGUUUUUGGCCAACGACAAAGAACAACAUCUUAGCCUAAAACGCAUCGCCAAAGCUGUUAAACAUGAUGGAAAGGUUUUCAAAAACCUCGCAGAAUCCAUGAUUGCAGGAAGAGUAGACUUUGCGAUCGACAACUGGCCAGACACAAGUGGUAUUUUGGCUAUUGUCGCAACUUCAGUUGGAUUCUUUGGACUUGUAUUCAGCAUUUGGUCAUGCUACAAAAUUCGGACUGUUCUACUUCCUGUUCUACUUCUGCAUCAAGUCCAUUCAACUGCCGCCUCAACAAUCAAGCCAACCAUCUCCUUCAUUUACCACCAGUCCAAAGAUGACACACCAGCGACCAGUAUUAAAGAAAACAUUUAUGCCACAUUUUCCACUCCCUGGCCUUAUGUUUCCCUUUCUGUACUAACAACAAUCCUAGUGAUUGCAUGCAUUACUAACCUAUGGCAGAAAUUUCAACGCUCACACAAAACCUCACUCCAUUUAGAACUUACAACUGGACCUACCUGUGAACUCAUCACUCUACUAACCCUUCCACUUUGCCCUCACAAUUGGAACAUUCAAACCCCCCAGGACAUUUCAUCUAUCCAUAUCACCACUUCAUAUUUCAUUUUACACUACCUUCACAUUCAGUGCACUGAUUUCACCAUCACUAACACUCACACCAAUCGCUCCAUUGACGUCCCUACAACAAUUUUAAUUUCCCCAUUAACAGCUAGGAAGAUUCGUAACAUUCUUCAGCAUCCUUACACAGCAUAUUUUCUGUUGUCACAUCACCAAUAUUUCAAAAUUUUGUAAGCUUUUACAUCCUCGCCAAUUUUUGAUAUGGGCAUGACUUACGUGUGUAUGUAAGUGUUUCGUUUUGUUUACCUUUAGAAAGUCAUUAUUUUUUUUUGUGUUGAAACUAUGAAUAUCACAAUUUGUUUGAUGAUCAACACAAUAUAUUUUAUACCAUGAGAUGUGUACAUCAUUAUUUUUUUUUUCUCUCAUUCCAGUACUCCAUUUGAUUACAUGUGUAUUCAUUUGUGUACAUGUAUAUAUGUGUAUAUUUUCCUUUAGUACACGUACAUGCAAUGUAGAUAUACCUAUAUGUUUUUUGUGUUUUGUUUUUGUGGGUUUUUUUUUUUGUUAUUACUUGCCAUUGACUGUCCAUAUAGGUAUCUUAUUUUCAUUUUUGAGGACAAAAAUUUUUCUGACCAAGAGGGAAUUAUCAUAGUGUCAUUUUGACCCUUAAAUAUAUUUUUCUAUUUUUGCUCAUUUCAAAAUAUAUUUUAUAUUUUUAAUUAUAUUGACCAUAUAAGAUAUAUUAUUUGCAAAUUGUGUCUGCGCGGAUUUACUUAGGGAAAAAGCCUUUAGCCAUUCGACAGUAUUUUUCGUAAAAAGUUGUGAAAUCAAUUAGUGCCAUUUUAAGUAAUCAAAAGUAAGUUAUUUAGAUUCAUCUGUCGAAGGAUUCCUGUUUUCUUAAUUACGUAAUAGUCAUUGUAAUGCAAAGCCCUCGUGUCAAUCCGUUUCUUUGAUGUCGAGAAUGAGUUAAUCUUCUCUCACGGCUUUUUGGGAACAAUUAAUGGCAAGAAUAACUCAACACCGGGACAGGGGACGCUAUAGGGUUUUUGUCCGAUCACUUUUGCGACGGACAUCAACCAAUAAACAUAUAAUUUUACAUUGUCUCCUGUCCUGUGUUUCAGGUAUGUAGAUUUUAUUUGUUCUUUGUAUUUUUAAUUUUUAUCACAUUUAUAGAAAACUGGUUAUGCUGCUGAACUUUUUAGUAAUGAUUUAAUAUCAUCAAAUUGUGUCAUGAGAAUUUUGCAUUUAGCUGUAUUAUUUUUAAAUUACCAGUAAGGUUUAUCUCACUUAGGUAAUGUGUAAGAAUCAAGUAACAACAUUUUUCUAUUUAGCUUACUGUACAUAUUUUUGAUUAGAAACUGAUUUUUAAGUUUAAGCACUUUUCGGAUAUUGUAUAUCCGCCAUAUACGGGUUUUACAUUUAGUUAUGUAAACACUACAUUUUGUGCAAACGCGCAGUCCAUCUUGCUGUUUUUCCUAUUUAUUCGUUACAAAAAGAAAUAUGCAGAAAGUAUCAAUGUUUAAAGAAUUUAGUUAUCACCAUAACCCCAAUCACACGGUGAUA